AUGGCACACAGGAGGAGCUCAGCCGCCUCCGCAGCGGCUGCAGCACCUCAAGAUCCGCCGAAGGCCAAGAGAGCGCGAGCGACGCGAUCGUUGCAGAUGGAAGAGGCAGAGCUCUUUCCCUGUACUGCCGUUGCUAGCGGCGUGCAGGGGGAGAAGGCGGACAACAGCACAAGCACCAGCAGUAACAGCAACAGCAACAGCAACAGCGUGAGCAGCACUGUGAAAGGCACAGCGGGAGGCCUCAAGGAGCCAACUCCUAAACGAAGACGCAGCAGCACGACAAGCAGUCGCCGCAGCAGCAUCAGUGUGCCAGUAGACGAUCGCCCUGAGGCGCGAUUAUGUGAUGUUGCAAAGGACGACAGCAAUGCCGACUCCCUCUGCAGCACGCAACAGCCGGCAACGCCAGUUGGGCAGUCCCAUACGCCAGAGCGUCUUUGUGCCUCUCCUUCGCCACGUUCAGACUCUGCAGAUGUGCCGCUGACAGCAGCUGCGGCUGCGGCAGCUGCAGCAGCUGCAGCUGCUGCAGCUGCUGAUGGUGAAGGCGAAAGAACUGGCGAGACGCCUGAAGAUCGAGAAGAUAAGCAUCAGCCUCCUCUAUUCCCAGCCCCAUCCCCUACACCCUCUCUAUCCUCUGACGCGGAGUUGUGUUGUUUCCAGCCACUGUGCCCUGCAGCAGCUUUCCUGUCUAACAGCACUGGCAGCAGCGGCAGCAGCAAGUCGACGACAGCCACAGGCGCAGAACAACAGCUACAGCAGCAGCGCGAGCAAGAGCCGGAGCAGGAGGAGCAAGAGCAGGAGCAGCAGGAGGAUCAAGAGCAGCAAGAAGAUCAGGAACAGCAGGAGGAUCAGGAGGAGCAGCAGCAGCUCUUCGAGGCUGCCUGCUACUGCGAUGUACCUGGCUACUUACCAGGACAGGGUGGGGCCCUCUUGGGCCCCAACUACGCAGAUAUACAUACAGCUGAGGAGUAUUUGGGGCUUCCGCGGCGCCCCAUUAAGAUAAUGACAUACAGCAACGACGGCAGUUACACAGAAACCUUCUGUGAAGAGGAAGAAAAUGAGGGGCAGGCUGCGACAGCACAAGAGGCGCCUGUUGCUGCCGAAUCGGGAGCAGCAGGAGCAACAGCAGGAACAGCAGCUUCUUCCUCUUCGCAGCCAUGCGCUGCUCCGGAGGGUGAGCGAGCAUCAGAAGCUGCAGGGGAGUCAGCAGCAGAUAAUAACACUGCAUCUGCUGGUGCUUCAAGGGCAGCCGGUAGCUCCUCCUCCUCCUCCUCCUCAUCAUCAUCAUCAUCUAGCACGCCAGCAGUAGCAAGCACAACGGCUGUAACAACAGCAGCAACAACAACAGCAGCACCAUCGGGAUAUCAGCGUAUCCUAUGGGCAGAUGAGGUGAUUGACGCCUCUUAUAGACGUAAAGUAUGGUAUAGAACAGAUCUACAUACAUUCUUCUCUUGGUUACGAAGUCCUAGUCGUCAUCGUCCUGUUAAACAGAGGACAUAUAAUGCAAAAGUCUUAGGAUAUAGCGAGGCAAAGCGUCUUGCAUUUUUGUUUCAUCCGGAGGAAUGCGGUGAUGCAGACUUUAAAAAAGUUUAUUAUUUAUGGAAACUUAAAAUGAAAGGAAAAAAGAAGGAAGAAGAAGCAGCAGCAGCAGCUGCAGCGGCGGCAGCAUCAGCACCUGCUGCAUCAGCAACAGGCACAGACGCAGCUACUGCACCAGGAGGAGCAGCAGGAGCAACAGCAGCAUCAGCUGCAGCAGCAAACCACCCACCAGACCCUCCAGAUACAGGAGAUGCAGCAACAACUUCGUCAACAGCACCGUUGCUCCAACCGCCAAGCAACCGCAGGGGCUGGACACUUAAACGUAGGAAUACUCGGCAACGGGAAGCAGCAGCAGCAGCAGAGCAACAGCAGCAACAACAACAACAACCCCCUCCUGUGUCCGCUGUAGCUGGAGAAGUCUUAUCUGGGCAUACUGGCUUUUCUUUCUCCUUGUCUACACCAAGGCAGCUACGAUACCUCAGGGAUUACGGCACAAUUGGCGGUGCUGCUCUUGAGGAUGCGCUGUUUGCCGAUAGCAGCAGCAGCAACAGCAAUGACAGACACAGCAGCAGCACUGCAGUCGAUAAUGCCGCAGCAGCAGAAGACGGAGCAGCAGACGCAGCAGACCCAAAUCUGCAUGACCUUUGGCGUGUUGUUGAAGCAACCACGUGGGACUUCGGCGCAGCCGGUUGCAUCACAUUUGCCUCAACCUAUAGAGGGGAAGAGGAGGAGGAUCAAAUGCAGCAGCAGCAGCAGCAACAGGAGCAGCAGCAACAGCAGCAGCAACAGGAGCAUCAUGAAGAAGAACUGUCUUCUUGCCAGCAGCUAAGUGUAGAAGAAAAACACCAUAAGAAGACUACAGUGACAGAUGCGCCUCAACCGGUGCGCCACAGCUGCAGGCAGCAAGCAGCAUUAGAAGCAGCAGCAGCAGCAGCGGCUGCUGCCUCAACAGCCGUGGCAACAAGUACACCGUCUACUGCUGCUCACCACCAGCACCAGCAGCCACACAAGCAGCAGCAGCAACACCGCCGGACGCAACAGCGACAGUCUGUCGCAGCACAUUCCUCUCGCAUUGCAGAGGAACAGCGGGCACAACAGCUGCAGCAGCAGCAGCAGCAGCAAGAACAGGAGGAGAGGCAACAGCGACGCAUGGCAUAUGAGAGGCGAAUGCAGCAGCAACACGAGCAGCAGUUAUUGUUGCUGCAACUGGAGGCACGGAAAAUGGAGGCGCAGAUAUUGCAGCGAAGGCAAGACCUGGAGCAGCAGGAACUGCAGCAGCAGCUGCAGCAACAGCUGCAGCAGCAUCUCCGUGCUGCUGGAGUCGUGCAAAGACCCGACCCCCAGGAAGAGGAGCGGAAGCAAAGAAGGGCAGCGGAGAGGCGGUGGUUGGCUGAAAUGAUUGGGGACUUGAACCUGCAUCAGCAGCAACAGCAGCAGCAGCAGCAGCACCAUCAUCAUCAUCAGCAACAGCACCAGCAUCAGCAGCACCAUCAUCAUCCGCAGCAGCAUCAGCAGCAGCAACAUGCGUUUGGGCGUCGUGGCUCCUCGGAUUUGGCUGAGCACCAGCAAGAAAUACACCAACGAAUAGAGGAGUCAGCAACUGCAACAGCUGCUGCAGAGCUGCAGCAACGGCAGCAGGAUAUAGCUUUGCUGCUGCAGCAUUUGAACCCACAAGUGCGGCAGCGGCUGAUUGAGCUCGUCCGAGAGAAGCUGCUGCAGCAAUAA